AUGAGGUGUUCGAUGAGAGUUCGCUCCAAGGAUGUGCUGUGGGAUGAGGAGCUUGCUGACAACAUUCUCACACAUACCGGUGGGUCAGAAUUCCUAGAGCUUGUUGUGGGAUCUAAUAUAGAGCUUGAAGAAAGAGUUGAUAAAGCCAAAGAUGAUGCAAAACCGAUCCAGCUAUCAAAUCAUGGAGGGACCUACUCUAUCAGCUUUGUUUUUGCCUCCAACGCCAAGCAAAGAACCAUUCUGCUUUGCUGCUCCGAAAGCAUCCCAAUUAAGCAGAAGGCAACGGCCAAAGCUACGUGUGCAGCUCAGUACACUGAAGAGAUCAUUUGCAGAUUAAUCCACAACAAGCUACCUAUCAUAGCCCCGAGCUCUUCCUCGCUAUCCAUCAUUCACUUCCCUAGUUUUCUGGUAUAUCGUCAGCAAAUUAAGAAGGAAACAUGUAGCUGUCAAGGGGCUAACAAGCAGAGAUCCAUUUGUAGGUGCCGAUGCAUUAGGUUAGCUUGGGAAGCUUCUGGUGUUCAAUUGUACAUAUGGGGAUUAAUUCAUCACGAUGUCAAUAACGUUGACGGCCAUGAAGUUGUCAUCAUGCUCCUCCUCACUGGCACUAUGGCGUGGUACUCUACAAACGAAUCUUUGUCGUGUCGAGGCUCUCCGCUGCCCAGCGUCAUGCACCCGCUGCGCACCUUCAGUUCCUCGGCAACAACGCACAGGCUCUUUGACAAUAAUGACAGAGCGUCGCUGCGGACAAGUCUCCAUCGCGUCCAGUCGCUCCACCACUCGCCACCACCCUUCGUCCCUCCAAGCACCUUCCUAUGCCGCACCAUCGCCAAGCACUUCCACCGGAACGCCAAGCCGCUACUGGACGAACUGACCGUGCAGCUCAGGGACCCACCGACAUCGGCACUAGGCGGUGAACCAAUGGAGUCUGAUGGUGAGCGGAGCGUGGAGCCGGUAUCUGCAUUGUUUUGUGUAGUGAGACGAACGGUGAAUUUUUGAGACAUAGGGGUUAAUGCAUCAGGUUGUUGGGUUCGGUCCAGAGGAUGUGACAAGUGAACUGGAUAUGUUUGCCACAUGGCAUCUGAUAUGUGGGUCACAUGGAUUAGAUUUACUGUCAAACAUGUUAAUAUGUCAGAUUUGGUUUCUUUUGAGAA